AUGCGUACCUUCAUGUUGAUUGCCCUUUUGGCUCUUAUUGCCGUGGCUGCUGCUCAAAGUGGACAACAAGGUGGCCAGCAGGACGACCAGCAGGGUGGAGCUCAGAGUGGCCAGCAGGGUGGACAGCAGCAGGGCGGCCCAGGAGGUCCCUUCGAUCUGCCGUCCAAUGGAACAGUCCCCUCCAACUGCACAUCCACCACCACUUCAACCACCGAGGCCAGCUCUAUUGAAGCCAGCUCCACCGAGGAGACCUCGUCUUCAGACGCAAGUUCCUAA